CUAUAAAUAAGAAAGAGAAGCAGUUGCGCAGCCAGCCGUAGUCGUACCUUUACUUAUUUACUCAUCAAAACCAAAACCCCCAAUUCAUCAAUCGCCAUGUCUGACGAGGAGCACCAGUUCGAGUCCAAGGCCGACGCCGGCGCCUCCAAGACCUACCCCCAACAAGCCGGUACUAUCCGCAAAGGUGGCUACAUCGUCAUCAAAGGCCGCGCUUGCAAGGUUGUUGAAGUUUCUACCUCCAAGACUGGCAAGCACGGUCACGCUAAAUGUCACUUUGUUGCUAUUGAUAUCUUUAAUGGGAAGAAGCUUGAAGAUAUUGUGCCAUCUUCCCACAAUUGUGAUGUUCCCCAUGUCACUCGUACUGACUACCAGCUGAUUGAUAUCGCAGAGGAUGGAUUUGUGAGCUUGCUUACUGACAAUGGUAAUACUAAGGAUGAUUUGAAGCUCCCAACUGAUGAAACCCUCCUCGGUCAGAUCAAGGAUGGUUUUGCUGAUGGAAAAGACUUAGUUGUGAGUGUGAUGUCCGCAAUGGGAGAAGAGCAGAUUAAUGCUCUCAAGGACAUUUCAAAGUAGCUUCCUAUUUAUUAUGUUUGGAUUUCGGCAAAGAUGUUUAAUUUUGCAAUAGUAUUGAAAUUGCAGCUGCGACUGCCUGCCUAUAUGGAUUUAUACGGAAUCUGUAUCUCUGGUUUGUUUAAGCACUAUGGUUUUUUCA